AUGCGGCAUCCUGCUGACUCGGAUGCAUGGAAAAUGUUUGACACUACGCAUUUACAGUUCUUGUCUGAGCCUCGUAAUUUUAGACUUGGAUUAGCUGCGGAUGGGUUCAACCCCUUCGGAAUGCUGAGUACUACUCACAGCACUUGGCCUGUCAUGCUAGUCCCUUACAAUCUCCCGCCUUGGUUGUGCAUGAAACGAUCAUCUUUGAUUUUAUCACUAGUUAUUCCUGGACCUAAAUCGCCAGGGAUUGCAAUAGGUGUGUACUUGCAACCCUUAGUAGAAGAACUGAGGGAAUUAUGGGAUGUUGGAGUAGAAGCGUACGACGCAUCUUUAAAAAAUGUAUUCCAAUUGCAUGUAGCAUUGAUGUGGACGGUACAUGAUUUUCCUGCAUACGCAGAUGUGUCGGGUUGGAGUACGAAGGGUAAGUUUGCGUGUCCUUGUUGUGCCUUAGAGACCGACUCGAAAUAUUUAAAAAAUGGCCGCAAAUUCUGUUACAUGGGACAUAGGCGAUGGUUGGGUAGUGACCACGAAUUUCGGAAAGAAGAUACUUUAUUUGAUGGAUUCACUGAUAUGCGAGUGACUCCUGUGCCACCAGUUGCGUCAGACAUAAUUGUGGACACUGAAACUUUACUUACACGUUGUCUGGGAAAGAAAUGUCGAGAAAAAUACAACAAAAGAAAGAGAGGUGAGGCAAACCAGUGUGUUUGGAAGAAGAGAAGUAUUUUUUUCACAUUGCCUUAUUGGAAGGAUCACAAGUUGCGACACAAUCUUGAUGUGAUGCAUAUAGAGAAGAAUGUGAUGGAUAAUAUACUUGGCACUUUGCUGAACGUGAAGGACUGGACAAAGGACAAUUACAAGGCACGCCUUGACUUGGCGGAAAUGGGAAUAAGGAGAGAACUCCACCUACAGCGAAAAGGUGAUGAUAAAUAUAUGAUACCGCCUGCGUGUUUUCAUAUGACUACAUUGGAGAAAGAUGGUUUCUUGCAAGUUUUGCGAGACGUAAAAGUGCCCGAUGGAUAUGCUUCCAACAUCUCCUGCCGUGUGAACCUCAAAGAACGUAAGAUUUCUGGUUUAAAGAGUCACGAUAAUCACAUCCUGAUGCAACAACUCCUUCCAAUUGCUUUACGGGGAUCUUUGCCAUCGCAUGUUAUUAGGCCUUUGAUGAAGUUAGCUUGUUUCUUUAGGCAAAUUUGUUCGAAAACCCUUACGGUGUUUGAUAUUGCGAGUGCUGAGGCUGACAUUGCAGUGACGUUGUGUGAAUUGGAAAAAAUAUUUCCUCUAUCUUUCUUUACUGUGAUGGUACAUUUGGUCAUGCACUUGGCUACUGAAGCCAAGAUUGGUGGUCCAGUUCAGUACCGUUGGAUGUACCCCAUUGAGAGGUACCUCUCACGCCUUAAGUCUUAUGUAAGAAACAGGGCUGCUCCAGAAGGGUGUAUUGCUGAAGGCUACAUAGUGGAGGAAUGUUUAACGUUUUGUUCACGGUAUAUGGAAGGAGUUGAAACUAUAUUCUCACGACCCACAAGGACGAUGGAGGAGUCAACAGGGGCAGUUUCAAGUGUGGCACUAGAAAGUAGGGAAUUGACCCAAGCUCAUCGCUAUGUGCUAUUCAAUUCCGAGAACAUUUACCAGUUUCGUGAGUAA